UUGUGAUUUUUUAUUCAAAUUAUCAGUAUCUUAACUUCUAACUUAUCAAUACAUGACAUAAAAGCGAAAUCGCGGCUUUAAACGGAAUCUGCUGAGAUUCUACGCUCGUCACAUAUGAAUUCCCCUUUUGCCUAUUAUGCAUAACAAGCAGUGUCGCAAGCAGUCGCUUCCAGCACACGGCAAUCUCACAGACGUACGUUCGUCCUACAUUCACCCCCCUUCUUCGAUCAACUGUCUCGACUUGACGACCAUUACCUAACCGGCCGCUCUACAAACUCCUCGCUAUAACAACAAACCUAUCAAUCGCCGAAAUGACACACAGCUCUUAAUACCUGAAUACUAAGGUCAAACAUCCCAUGAAAGUAAAUUUUGAAAUGGUAAUAUUAAACUUGCCUUGUCAAUCUGUUUACACACGCUUGACGAUCGUCAUUUAAUUAAUUCAAUACUCGAAUGCACGCGGUCAUAUAUAGAAGUUUUGUUUUAAAACGUUUAUUUUUAUCGCGCGUGUAAUUUGUGCAACUGCCAGCAUUCAUAAAAUAGUCUGUGUUGUAUUUAACGUAACAUUACCCGUUCUGUUUUUGAAGUUGCUGGUGUAAUGUGAAACGAGUUGCCAAAAUACUGGCAUGAUAGAAAGUGAAACUUAUGAAGUGAAAUGAAUGUGAAUAUGUGAAUGGAAAAUGCUGGCUGGUGAGGAGACCAGCAUCGACAUAGUGCAGCGAUGGUUGAUGCGACGGAGCAGCGGCGAUGACACGGACACAGGCAGCUCGAGCGGGUCGCCGGGCGCGCGCGCCGGCCGGCGGUCCUCACUGGCGCUCACGCCCGAGGACGAGCCCCUAGUCGACGUCACCAACAGGUCGCCGCCGCCCGCGCACAUCCCUACUGCCCUGCUCUACGCGCCGCCGGAGCCUCUCGAGCUGCUAUGCGUGUUCCCGGACCGUGCCUCCCGCGUAUGCGCAGCCGCGUGCGCGGCGGCGGCGCGCUCCGGCGGCGAGGCGCGCGCGGUGCGCACGGCGCGCGAGGCGCUCGACGCGCUGCGGCGCGACGGCGACGCGCGGCUACCGCAUGUCGCCGUGGUUGACGCGCGGCAACCGCAAGCGCUUGAUGCUGCGAAUCUCGCCAGAACAAUACGACAAGCCAAAAACACUCAGCACAUAAUUCUCAUAGCAGUUGUCAAGAAAAGCGCCUACCUGAAAGAUGACUUCGCUACUCUGCCUUAUCUGGAAGUGGGCUUCAAUAGGGUGAUGGUGGAGACAGUGGGCGCGACGGCGUGGUGCGCAGAGGUGCUGCAGGCGCGAGCCGCGGCGGCGGCGGCGCGCGCUCAGAUCGCCGCCAUCGCCGCGCUGGCCGCCGCCGCCGACCGCUGCCGCGACCUCGUCGCCGUCACCGACGACCAGCAGAGGAUACUGGUGACAAACAAAGCCUGGUGCCGGGUACUUGGCUGGCGGGCGGAAGACGGAGCGCGGCUCGCAGAUUCGGCGGGUGGCGAGGCUAUGAGACUGGCUGCUAGCGGCGCGCGCGAGUGGGAGGCACCGGUCACGUUGCGUCGGCGCGGCGCUCCAGAUCCGCUGCUGCUGCCAUGCCGGGGUGCUUCUAUAGCCUUGAACAGGAGCACAUCUCACCUCGUUCUGGUGUGCGAGCCUGGCAAUGCCACCGAGGCCGGUGCGGCGCGCGGCUCGCUCCACUCCAUCCGGCGCGGUUCGCUGGACGUGCGCUCCGUGGCCUCCGAUGGGCUACGGCGGACUUCGCUCGCCAAACUACAGGGACUACCACUUGAAGCUCCUAUCACUAAGGUGAUAUCCCUCCUAUCCACGGCCACAGACGGCGCCCCUCCAUCCACGAUAGCUUGCAUCGAGCGCGCCGUGGACAUGCUUAGGACCUCCGAGCUCUAUUCUCCACAAAUGAAAGAUGAGCCCAAACUGCGAGUCGAAGAUCCCAUCGCUACUGACCUUAUUGGCGCAUUGCUGUCGCGGGAGCAAGUGAACACAAACCUAUUUUAUAUGCAAGGACCAUCAAACGUGUUAUCAUCGCGGCGAAGCAGCAACGAUUCUACCGUCGUGCGCUCUCAGACCAACAGAACAAACAUUAAGCAUAAGACAUCGGGGCAACUCCGAGAACUUCUUGAUACAGCGCUGAACUGGGACUUCGAGAUCUUUCGACUCGAAGAGCUAACACGUGGACGGCCGCUGGCACAUCUCGGCCUAGCUCUCAUGGGAGGUCGCUUCGAUGUGUGUUCGGCGCUCGAGUGUGAUGAGCGUACGCUGCUGCACUGGCUGACUGUCAUAGAGACCAAUUACCACGCCGUCAACACGUACCACAACUCGACUCAUGCCGCUGAUGUUCUUCAGGCAGUAGCAUACUUCCUCGAGAAGGACCGCCUGAAGACAGUGCUAGAGCCCAUCGAGGCGGCAGCUGCCCUCAUUGCUGCAGCGGCACACGACGUGGACCACCCCGGCACCACGUCCACCUUCCUCUGCAACUCGCGGCACCCACUAUCCAUCCUGUACAACGACAUCAGCGUGCUCGAGUCGCACCAUGCGGCGCUCACCUUCAAGCUCACAUUUAAUGACGACCGCGUGAACAUAUUCAAGAAUCUCGACCGCGACACGUACAAGACGGUGCGGCACAACGUCGUGGACAUGAUCCUGGCCACGGAGAUGACGCGUCACUACGAGCACCUCGCCAAGUUCGUCAACGUGUUCUACGCCAAGGGCAACGUGGGGGGCAGCAAGGAGGACAACAUGAAUACUGAUGUGGAUCCACCCUCCCUGGACCCGGCAGCCAUCACUCAACCGGAGAACGUGGUGCUGGUGAAGCGGAUGAUGAUUAAAUGCGCUGACGUGUCUAAUGCGUCGCGUCCGCAGAAGUUUGCCUUUGAAUGGGCUAGACGAAUUGCGGAGGAGUACUUCCUACAAACAGACGAGGAAAAGGCAAAGGAUCUGCCAGUGGUGAUGCCGAUGUUCGACCGAGCAACCUGCUCUAUCCCACGCUCGCAGAUUGGUUUUAUUGACUACAUCAUUAAGGACAUGAUGGAGGCCUGGGCCGUAUUCAUCGACAUGCCGGAGCUGGUGACGCACGCGAAGCAGAACCACGCGCGCUGGAAGGAGCUGGACGAGGCGGGCGUCACCACCACCGCCGACGUGCGCCGCGCCCUGCGCGCCGCCGCUGGGCCAUCCGCCGCGUCCGCCUCCACCGCCACGUCCGCCUCCACCGCCACGUCCGCCUCCACCGCCGAGGAGUAGCCGAGAGGUCAACGGCCGACACCCUCCUGAACACAGGAUGAUUCUCGCUCGAAAAUAUAUUCUAAUUUGUCUGUCCUCUGAUUCGCUAACGUGCGACUAAUUUCGUAGCGAUUCUCUCGAGAACUGAUUGAAACGCCCGAAGACGCAGUCUCGCGUCGUGUGCGGUGAAAGAGUUCGAUAUCGACACAUCGAGACAUCGAGUGUGUUCUGUGCUGCUGCAGCAGAUUUCUACAAGUAGUGAUCCGCCAGAUACAAUUUUGUGAAAAGUCCUUCGGGUUUCAAAUAAAUCUCUGUAAUAGUCUUUUAAACAAUGUCUGCUGUGGUACCAGUUUCAUGCCUAGUAUGACGUCAAAUAGGUUAUAAAAAAGUCAAAGAAUUAUUUUACAUCUGAUAGACUCGGCAACACUGAAUGACAACUUUGGUUCACUGUGAACGUAGUAAUCGCUCAUUUACAUGAGAUUCAAAUAAACGUGUUGACGUCGGUAUAUAAGCAUUUUGUAAAAACUAAAACGGCUUCUACAUUAAUAUUCAUCAGGCGUGAGGAUGAUGGGAAAGUACUUUCUUCCUUUUUAGGGUUCCGUAGUUGAAGUAACAGAUAUGACAACUCGCACUGAAAUAGCUUUGAAGAUAAUCAAGUGAAAUAUAAUUCACAACUAAAUGGUUUAUAAAAACUUGGGUUUCUACUAUUAGUAGGUAUGGUCGUCUCUACUCGGAAACCUAGAAAAAAGAUCAAUUACUAAAUGUUUUUGUACAAUCGACAUCAAAAAUAAAUCUCGAUUUUACUAAAAUAUAGGCAAAUUUAAAAAUUACGGGUGUAACAAAAUUCUGAAGAUCUAUAAAAUUUAUAUAAUGUUCUUGUGAACAUGUAGUGCCUAAUUGAAGAAUUGGAUGUGGCACUUUAAGGCCGGAAACGAGACCAAGUAAAAUAUACUUUACUUGUAUAUGGAAUAGGGUUGAAAGUCCAACAACUUUCUGUUGUCUGGAUUAAAUUUGGAGUGUUCGGGUAAAGACUGGGCGUCUAAGACUACCCAGUUGCAUGCCGACCGAUAACUUUUUUCAAUUUUAAACCUCUUUAUCGUAAUUUUGGAAUUCAUACUUUAUUAUGUUAGAAGAAAGGUUGCUUUUGCACCGGUACCAAUUAGUGAAAAAAUUGAUAAGGUAAUCAGUUUGGGCACGAACUGGGUAGGUAAGUCUGAAAUGGAACAUAGAAUACUUAGACAAGAACGACGUCUAACGGACGUGUCCGAAAAUACGCUUAUUUUAUACUUAUAUCCAUGUUAGUGUGAAUAUCAUUGAUAUAAUAGUUAAUCUACUUUUUUAAGUAGCCAUAUUUAUUAGGUAAUAUUGAAUCCAAAAUAUUUACUAUAUUUAUACCCCAUCAUACCAAAACUGAUUUUCAUUAUUCUACUAUAGAUGUUAAUAAUUGGCAUAAUCUUUAAUAGGUACAAAUAUUAUUUAGGGUGACGAUGUUUAGUAGCCUUCUACUAUUCGUCGUGUACUUAGCUACUUUUAUUGUUGUUUUAGAGUAAGCCGUGAUAAAAGUGCCAUAUAUAACAUUGGCCAAUCGUAUCCACUGAUCAUUCUAUCCCUCAUAUUUCACUGCAUCCCAUGACAGUAUAUCCAUUUAGUUUUAAUGUAUUAAAACCUGCCAAACCAUUCUCAAACUAUUGACUGUCACUUUAUAGUAUGAAAAUUGAAAACAUUGGUCCAUUUAUACACUUGAGCUUUCAGAGAAUUCCUAUUUUUAUAAACUUUUUAUAGUAUUUCUAAAUUUUCGGAUUCAUAUCAAUCUUAAUAGGGACUUUUUAAGUAUUUUAUUCUACCAAAUUCCAAAUUUUCCAACCACUAAGUUUUCGGUUUUUUUCACUCCUGAAAAUGUAUACUUUUUCAACCGACUGUACUUUGUAUACCAGUGGUGAGGUGUUUUUAUUAUAUCUCGAGACGGGCUUGCGUAUUAGUAAGUAAGUAAGUUCUUUGUCCAAUGUCAUUGCAUCUCACUCUUACAUUAAGCAAAAUGUGAGACGCAAUACAAUACACAUUGGACAAAGAAAUUGAAUAGGUGGAAUGCCACCCUUAGAUACAGCAUGAUGUGAUUGGACACGAUUUAUUGAAGGAGCCUAAUCCUUCGGGAAUAGUAGAUUGUUAACCAAGGGAUGAAAGGCACUAAUUUCUGCCGAGGUAGUUUGACCAAUAGUCCGAGGCUGAAAUGAUGCCUUUCAUCCGAGUUAAACACUACUUUUCAUUUCGAAUACGAGGAAAGUAACAUGCAUGUGUUUUUUUAAAACAUGACCAAGUAUAAUUUUUUAUAGUAUUUCUUAAACGCUUAUUCUUCGGUUAACAAUUUAGGCAAAAGUAUCGUUAUUUAUGGAAUGGAGUCAAAUAUCAGAAUGAAAAUUUGUUAUACACAAAUCCAUUUAAACUCAAAUUUCAAUUGAUUAUCGUAAACAAAAUUAAAAAAUCGUACUUCGAACGUAAAAUGCUCUAGUGCAGACACUAUCAUUUUCUGCACACCUUUCAGAACAACAAUGACCCUCUUUCAUAGCAUGAGAAAUGAAAAUAAUUUUACAGUACAUAUGGUGCUACUUUCUCGCACUAUUGCGUAAAGAGCACUUUUCGUGCAUAUGUCGAAAGUUUAAAGGGCCAUAUGUACUGUAAAACGUUGUACGAUACACGUGCGAAUAGGUAAUUCGCAACUCGUGUCGAUUUAAAACGCUCCCUACGGUCGUGUUUUAAUUUAUCGCCACUCGUUUCGAAUUUCCUCUCUUCCGCACUUGACACUUGUAUCGUAAAUAACUAUUGACACCUCAUCACUGUUAAACCUACAACGCUAAUCUAAUCUAGCCUUUACUUUCUGUUGUGUAAUUUGGAAGAGUAAAUAUUGCCAAAAAGCGAUCUUUCAGAUGAUUUCACGGCACUGUUGAAAAUUGUUAUGAAGGUGUUUAUGUCUUCGUGGAACAGAGAUAAUAAGUUAAUUACUUUUCCCUACUAGUUAAUUAGUUUCAGUUAUUUCCCGUCAAACAAAAAUAGAUUACAUAUAUUGACAGAAAGAUGCUGUAAAUUCCAAUGUCAAAAACUAGCCAAAAACGUAUGACGCGAUUAAUGGAUGUCUAAGUGGCAUGUUUACAAAUGACAAUGUGCAAAUUAAAGUCUAGAGAGAUUAGCGUUUGUACAGUUGGGUCCAUAUUUGUAUAAGUAGUUGUAACAUUAGUUACGAAUACAUUGUAUACAUCAAUCACUUGAAUAUUUGCUGUAGCUACGUAAUUAAUUUUCGAAUAAGGUCUACUAUUAUUGAUAAUCAUUUGUUCUGUAUACAAUCGUCUGCGCGACGCUGGUCUAAUAUUAAAUUAAUUAUUACCAACUUGUAUUUUAUAGUUAAUAUUAAUAAUUAAUUAAUGAGAAUAAGAAUACGCUUCCUUGUGCUCAAUGUCAAUACAUAACGGUCUAACAUUAAUAUUUACUAUUAUAUUCAUACCUUUCUACUUAUUUAUAUUGUGUAACCACUUAUUUCAAUGUGUUACUUGUAGGUCGCGGUUGUUCAAUCUCAUUAAAUGCCCACUUUAUAUUUUAAAUAUUUGCCUACUAACAGUAUAAUAUGAUACCAAAUUAGAUGAUUGAAUUAUUAUAUUGUUAUAAUCGCUGUUUAGCUCAAUUUACUGUGUAGACUAACUGGCUACAUGUUAGUUUUAGAAAGCAGGACGAGUUUUAAUAACAAUAAUAACCGUUGAUAUCGGCAGUGUCAUGGUAUUCUUUCCCAAGUAUACAACAUUAUAUACCUAUAUAUUGUAUAUUUGAAAGUAUAUUGUCGCUAUCGCGUGCCAAAUACACGCAAUAAUCUCUAAAUGUCUCUAAUAGGUCUAUCUCUAAAGCAGUCUGUUCAGAGGUAGUAAAUAGUAGUAGUUUCAUGUUUGACAUGUUCUUAUUAUUACGCGAUAAACGACCUUAACUGUACUUACCUCUAAACCAAUUAUCGAGUACAAAAACAGUCAGAAGAUCGUGAAAUCUUAGUUAUAUAGUUGUCAGACUUGUCUGCAACUGCAUAUUCCCACAAGGGAAUCGCCAGGAGUGUACGAGUACCUAGCUAACAUUGAAAUAGCGACAUAAAUUCAAUGAACUAUCAUAAAUUCCUUCUUUCUCAAACCAACAUGACAGUGUAUUUCUGUUAAUUUACUUUUAAUUGUCACGUUUUAGUAAUAACUAAUUAAGAAUAAGGGGGCUGGUCCCUAUGUUUAAUUGUGGAGGUAAGUAAUUACGUUGUUGUGAAUUUUAUAUGCGAAGCUAUGCGUUGUAUAAGUACCAAUUAAUCAAUGUUAUUAUAAAGUUUAAAUUCUAAUACUUCCCAAAGAAGUGAUGCAUCAGGUCGUCGCUUUAUUCCUUAACCUUUUAACUGCCGCGACUAUUUUAUAUAACUCGCCCUCAGAAAACCUUACUGGAAUGAGUAAGUGAAUUUAAACUACUCGCUGUUACGAUCGCUGGCGGUCGAAAGGUUAAUACUUAUUGAUUGAGAGUUUCUAAGUUAACGUGGCAUAAUCAUAUUUUUUUAAGGCGAUAUGAACUUUGUUUCCAAAAGAAUGUAGUUUUACAGAUCUGAAGAAUUCUGACAACUCAAUACAAAUCUUGCGCCAGUUCUUACAAAUCGACCUAUCUACGUAAACAUCAUAAAUCGGCCUACUUACCUCUCCUCAAAUUAACGAGUUACCUAAUAGAUCAAUACAGUAUACAAUAAAGGUAUAAAGCGGCGAACAGUAUUUCUUUCUUAAUAUAGAUAAAUGGAGACAAAAAUUGUUGCUUGAGAUUUAACUAUGAAGGAUUUUGACAAAAUAUCUUACUUGUUCUAAUUUAACAUUAAAUCUUAAGCAACAGUUUUGAAUAACACACUAAUACCUACAUUUUGAAUGAAUGUCUAUGUUUGAAGUAAUAUGAAUGCAAAUUGUUAAGUGUUGUAAAAUAAAAGAAAUAUUUACAA